GCCUACCAGGCGUACCUCGUCAGAUCUCUUCUUUGGGGCCCAUCUUUUUUCCUCACUCCAACGGUGUUCCUUUUCUUUCAGACCAGUUCCUCAGUCCCUCAGACACCACAGUAACUUUUAGAGAGAGAAACAAAGCUUGAGAGUUUCGUUUAGUUUAGUUAGGCAUUGAAAAGAGUGAGUUGAACAGUUCCAGAGUCAGAGACCUCUCAGAUUUUUUUCUUUUCCUUCUCUUUUCGGCCAUUAAAAGAGGUUUGGCUUAACUUCAUUGUACUCAUUUUCAGAGAUUUGAGUUGCCCAAAUUUGAACUUUUUUGGGGCUAUCAUUCAUUUCGUGGAACUGGGUUGUUUGAUUUGAAGCCAAAAGAUGGAUUCUUUGCCACCAGGUUGUAGAUUUGAAUCCUGAGUGGCUCUCCAUAGCUUAUGUGAAUGCACUGGAUUUAAGUAAUUUAGGAAGUGGGAAAGUUUGUAGAUAUGGAUAUUGGAGAUGAUAGCUCCAGGUUCUGUUCCUUACCGGCUACAACUUCUAGGAAUAUGUCAACAUCAUCUUCAACAUUCUUUUCAGCAAAUCAGUCGCCCUUCUUCUCCCCGAGAUCACCAUCUUUUCAACUAUCUGAAUCAACAAGGUCUGAGGCUCCAUGUGACAGCAUUCUUUUAAGUACAGAUCCCCUUAGUUCCAGCUCUGGAAUUCCAGACCUUGAAUCUUUAGCAAAUGUCAGAUAUAAAUUGUCAACCAUGUCGCUUGCCCCAGCUGCUUCCGUAUCAGGUGAUUUUCAGAAGUUUGACCGUGUAUCUUCCUCAACGGGCAUUUCUAACAGCGUUCUAUCUAGUCACAGCCAUGCCCGUGGCUAUGAUUAUUCUGGGCAAAGAGAGAGGCAGAAAAAGCAUGCGAGAAAUUAUGGAGCCCCAUACACAUCAGGUCCAGUUUCACUGACCUCUAACAGGCUGAGGAGCUGUGACGUCUUCAUAGGUUUACAUGGCCGGAAACCUUCUUUGCUGAGGUUUGCUAAUUGGCUCCGAGUUGAGUUGGAAGUUCAGGGGAUGAGUUGUUUUGUAUCUGACAGAUCCCGAUGUAGGAAUUCCCGUAAACAUGGAAUUGUUGAGAGGGCCAUGGAUGUUUCUUCUUUUGGGAUUGUCAUCUUAACAAGGAAGUCGUUCAGAAAUCCAUACACCAUUGAGGAACUGCGAUUUUUCUCUAGCAAGAAGACCUUGGUCCCAAUAUUCUUUGACUUGAGUCCAGGUGAUUGCCUUGUCAGGGAUAUAGUUGAGAAGAGAGGAGAGUUGUGGGAAAAACAUGGUGGAGAGUUAUGGAUUUUGUAUGGAGGGUUGGAGAAGGAGUGGAAAGAAGCUGUUCAUAGCCUCUCUCGGGUCGAUGAAUGGAAAUUGGAAGCUCAGGAUGGUAACUGGAGAGAUUGUAUAUUAAGGGCUGUGACAUUAUUAGCAAUCAGAUUAGGGAGGAGAAGUGUUGUAGACCGAUUGAGCAAGUGGAGAGAGAAGGUGGAGAAAGAAGAGUUCCCAUUCCCUCGAAAUGAGAAUUUUGUUGGUAGGAAGAAGGAACUUUCUGAGCUGGAAUUCAUACUUUUUGGCGAUGUCAGUGGAGAUGCAGAAAGAGAUUAUUUUGAGCUCAAGGCUAGGCCUAGGCGAAAGAACUUGACAAUUGGGUGGGGUAGGAGCAGUUCGUUUGAUGAAAGGCGAAGGGAACGCAAAUUGGAGAUUGGCAGCAGAAAAGGAAAAGAACCAGUUGUCUGGAAGGAGACAGAAAAAGAGAUUGAGAUGCAAAGCACUGAGCUUCCUCAAAAAAAGCACCAAUCAAAGCCAAAAAGUGGUGCAAGAUAUGCAAGGAGAAAAAGAUCAACGAAGAUUUUGUAUGGGAAGGGGAUUGCUUGUGUGUCUGGGGACUCAGGAAUUGGCAAGACAGAGCUUCUUCUUGAAUUUGCUUACAGAUAUCACCAGAGGUACAAGAUGGUUUUGUGGGUAGGAGGGGAAAGUAGGUAUAUUAGACAAAAUUAUCUGAAUCUCUGGUCGUUCUUAGAAGUUGAUGUUGGGGUUGAAAAUUGCUUGGACAAAAACAGUAUCAAAAGCUUUGAAGAUCAGGAAGAGGCAGCCAUAGCUAGAGUACGCAGAGAACUCAUGAGAAACAUGCCCUUUUUGGUGGUGAUUGAUAACUUAGAAAGUGAAAAGGAUUGGUGGGAUCACAAACUUGUAAUGGAUCUUCUUCCCCGUUUUGGUGGAGAGACACACAUAAUAAUUUCCACACGCCUUCCUUCUGUGAUGAAUUUGGAGCCUUUGAAACUUUCAUACUUAUCUGGGGCUGAGGCAAUGUCGCUAAUGCAGGGUAGUGUAAAAGAAUACACAGAAAAUGAAGAAUUGGAUGCUUUACGAGCUAUUGAGGAGAAGGUGGGACGGUCAACGUUGGGACUUGCAAUUGUAGGUGCAAUAUUGUCCGAGCUGCCCAUUCUUCCAAGUAAGCUAUUGGAAACCACUAAUAGAAUGCCCUUAAAAGAGUUUUCAUGGAGUGGCAGGGAGGUUAAUUCGUUGAGGCGACACACUUUCCUUCUGCAACUCUUUGAGGUGUGUUUCUCAAUUUUUGAUCAUGCGGAUGGACCAAGGAGCUUGGCAACCAGAAUGGUCCAGGCAAGUACUUGGUUUGCACCAACCGCAAUUCCAGUUUCUUUAUUAGCCCUAGCUGCUCACAAGAUACCAGAAAAGCAUCAAGGGACCUGGUUGUGGAGAAAGUUACUGCGUUCUUUAACUUGUGGCUUCGCUACAUCAUACACCAAAAAAUCAGAAGCAGAAGCAACUUCCAUGUUGGUAAGGUUUAAUAUUGCUAGAAGCAGUACCAGGCAAGACCAUAUCCAUUUCCAUGAACUCAUCAAGCUAUAUGCUCGCAAGAGAGUAGUGACUGGAGUUGCACAAGCCAUGGUUCAAGCUGUCAUCACUCGUGGAUCAAUAUCUCAACACUCGGAACAUAUCUGGGCAGCCUGUUUCUUGACAUUUGGAUUUAGUCAUGACCCUAUAGUUGUUGAGCUUAAGGUGUCAGAUCUGUUAUACCUUGUCAAGGAAGUGGUUUUGCCUCUUGCAAUACGGACCUUCAUUACAUUCUCUCGUUGCAAUGCUGCUCUGGAGCUCCUGCGCCUCUGCACCAAUGCCCUGGAAGCAGCAGACCAAGCAUUUGUUACGCCCGUUGAGAAGUGGCUGGAUAAAUCACUUUGUUGGAGGCCGAUCCCGACUAAUGCUCAGUUGAAUCCUUACCUUUGGCAGGAGCUUGCGCUGUCGAGAGCCACAGUCCUAGAAACUAGGGCAAAGCUAAUGCUUAGAGGGGGACAGUUUGACAUAGCUGAUGAUCUAAUUAGGAAGGCUCUUUUUAUCAGAACUUCAAUCUGUGGUGAAGAUCACCAUGACACUGUAGCUGCUCGUGAAACUCUUAGCAAAAUCACCAGGCUUCUUGCAAAUGUUCAAAUUCAUACUUCACCAUAGAUUCCAUAAUUUUUCUUUUGUAAGCAGAUUUACUCUAGAGUUUAUACAAAAGUCUGAAUUAAAACAGAUGCAUACCCCAUUCAGAGAGAUUUUCUAUACCAAUUUUUAGUCUGAAAGAGAAUUCAUUCCUUUCCCAUAACAUCCUUUCUUUUUAUGUUUAUGUGAAUAACAUUUGUCUGCCUCAUCCUUUCUUGGUGUUCUUAAAGCUAAGUUCUUUUACGUUGAUCAUGUGAUAGUUGUUUUGGGUUUUAGAUAUAUCUUUGUUUUGGAUAGAAUUAUGUAUAUACUCUGAAUUACCUAUGGGGUUUCUGUGAUUUUUUUGCCAAAAUGUUUUGGAUUGAUUUA